UCCAGACAUUGAAGUUAGACGCAAAGCAUUGCGUAUAGCUUUAGAGUUAGUUUCAAGUCGUAACGUUCAGGAAGUUGUAGUGUUCUUAAAAAAGGAACUCAGCAAGACCCUUGAUCAAGAUUAUGAAAAGAAUAAUGAAUAUAGACAACUAUUAAUUCAGUCCAUUCAUGGAUGCGCAAUCAAAUUUUCUGAAGUUGCAGCAAAUGUUGUUCAUGUGCUUAUGGAAUUCCUAGGAGAUUCGAAUAAUCCCGCUGCUGUCGAUGUAAUUGCAUUUGUUCGUGAGGUAGUGGAAAAGUUCCCAAACCUGCGAUCAUCAAUAACGGAGAAACUACUUGAAACAUUUAUGGACGUCAAAUCUGGAAAAGUGUUUCGAGGUGCUUUAUGGAUUGUAGGAGAGUACUGUACAGAAUGUCAAGAUAUUGAAGAAGCUUGGAAACAAAUAAGAGCUGGACUCGUUUCUGAUACCAAAACUGCUACCACUUCAUCAUCCCGUCGUAUUCUUGCUGACGGUACAUAUGCUACCGAAUCCAUAUUUUCAUCUAAUUCAUUAAAUUCGGCAAAACUUGAUGCUGUUAAAGCAGCUGCAAAACCACCAUUAAGAGCUUUGUUAUUAAGUGGAGAUUUCUUCCUUGGUUCUGUACUCGCUGCAACUUUGACUAAGUUAGUAUUGCGUUAUGCUGACGUCUCAAAGGAUGCGAAAAAAACUAAUGCAUUGAGAGCAGAGGCAAUGCUUAUAAUGGCUAGUGUAAUUCGAGUUGGGCAAUCACAAUUUGUGUCAACGCCUAUUGAUGAAGACUCUUACGACAGAAUCAUGUCUUGUCUGCAUGUUUUGGAACAGUUUUCGAUUGAUGCCUCAAUCAAGUCUGCGUUUUUACAAGACACCAAAGCAGCUUUUGCAAGAAUUGUAGAGGCUGAAGAGAAACGCACAGCAGCAAAAAAAGCUAAAGAUAAAUCUGUGGCAUCAGUUCAAGUUGAUGAUCUUAUUUCUUUCAGACAAUUUUCAAAGCGUAAUUUGGGAGAUGAAGCAGAUGAGUAUGAGCUGGAUUUAACACGUGCUACUGGUCAAAGUGAUCCAAGAGAUGAUUUGAUUUCAAAACUUAGCCGCGUAGUUCAACUUACAGGGUUUUCCGAUCCUGUAUACGCAGAGGCUUAUGUCAAUGUUCACCAAUAUGAUAUUUUACUUGAUGUCUUGAUUGUUAACCAAACAAGUGAGACGUUGCAGAACCUUUCUAUAGAAUUUGCUACUUUGGGAGAUUUAAAACUAGUUGAGAGACCUACGCAACAUAACCUUGCGCCUCAUAGUUUCCACAGUGUUAAAGCUACGAUUAAAGUUUCAUCUACAGAGACCGGCGUAAUCUUUGGUAAUAUUGUUUAUGAUGGGCCUGGUACUUCUGAGAGCAACUGCGUUGUUCUUAAUGACAUUCACAUUGAUAUAAUGGAUUAUAUUAAUCCCGCAUAUUGUAAUGAAACUCAGUUCCGGAGUAUGUGGACAGAAUUCGAAUGGGAAAAUAAGGUCAAUGUCAAUACCAAUAUCACCAAUUUACGAGAAUAUCUAUCUCAUAUUAUGAAAUCAACGAACAUGAGUUGCCUAACUCCAGAAACUGCAUUAUCCGGGAAUUGUGGCUUCUUGUCAGCUAACAUGUAUGCCCGUAGUAUAUUCGGUGAAGAUGCAUUGGCUAAUCUUAGUGUAGAAAAACAAACUGACGGCGCUAUUACCGGUCAUGUUCGAAUUAGAAGCAAAACACAGGGAAUAGCAUUAAGUCUUGGAGAUAAGAUCACGUUAG